UCUGCACUCACUCAGGACACAGGUCUGGAGAAGCAGGACAGGACUCCAGGAGGAGGAUUCUUCAGUCUACAGCUCAUCACAGAACAACAUGGCACAGACUAGACUGGCCAGGGGCCCUUUAAAGGAGGCAGCUGUGGGCUUUGCACUGGGAGUUGUGGGAGGCUGCAUACUGGGAGCCACAGAGGACCCAGUGGACAAGACCAUGUCAGUGAUGACUGCACCAGAACUACUGAGACCAGUGAUGGAGGAGGUCCGGACAGUGGGAGCUCUGGGGCUGGGGACCCUGAUCGGAGCCACAGCUCUGACCACGGCGAUGACCUCGGUCGUAGCUGGAGUGAUUCUGGCAGCAGCUGUAGCUUCAGUGUUCGUGGUCACGAGGACCUGCGGCCCCUCCCACACACACUCCGCUGGGCUGUGGGCAUCAGCAGGACUGGCCGGGGCCUUCGGGACCACUCUCAGCGGGGCCACGCUCGGGGUAACCGUGGAAUGGAUUGUGAAGAAUUAUGGGAUGGUGGGCCUUCUGUGGGCGCUGAGCAUCUUCACUGUGCUCAAACCACCGCUGCACUUUGUCUUUAAAGUUCUGUGGAAGCAAGGGGAGGCCUGUUGCACUCUGGGAUCUGUAGUCUGGGCCAAGGAGAGGGAAGAGAUUGAGAUUACAGAGGCUGAGCAGAGACAGAGAGUGGCGGUGCAGGUAGAGCAGAGGAUCCUGACGCUGGAGAAGGGAGGCAGACGGGGGGGGGCAGAGGACAUGACGACGUGGGCGUCUGAGCGAAGGCAGAGGGAGGAGCUAGAGAGGAGGAGGAUGGAGAGUGAGGAGGCAGAGAUGGAGCAGAGAACCAUCCAGGACUGGAUCAACACCGUGGUGGUCAAACAUGUGGACUUCUUAGCUUUCUCGGGGAUACCGAUGACGGUGGUUGCCAUAGUAACAUCAGGGUUUGGGAUGUUUGGUUAUGGAAGCCACCAGUCUGUGUUCAUAGUGCUCCUGGCUCUGGUCGGAGCCAUCGCGUACUUACUCCUGAACUCUCCGGACUUUAAGUUCUGGAUGUUGGUGGGAUGCAUGGGAAUGCUGGCGACGUUCGUCAUCGCCAUGCUCACCCUGCAUGCCGGGCAGGUUGUUGUGACAACGGCCAUGAGGAUGCAUGCGGCGGGGGAGAAUCAGUCCAAAGAAAUCAUCAGCACUCGUAUGAACCACCAGGCGUCCCUGGAGGCCCUGAAUGCUGCUUUCUUUGUGGCAAAACUGUGUCAGCUGGGGUUAGGGGCCACAGUGGGGGGGCCGCUGGUGAGGCGAGCUGCUGGAGAGGUGACAGUCAUAGUAGGGGCAGCUUUAGUGUCAGGGGGGUUACUGGCCUUGGUGGAGGUUUUAGCCCCAGCUCUGGGAGAAGGAGGGAAAGCUGGGGCCCUGCUGGGGGUGGUGGGGGCAGCGGGGGUGUCGGUGGGCGCAGCCUCAGCCACGGCAGGAAGGUGGUCCUCGUGGUCAGGAACUCUGGGAACGGUAGCAGGUCUGGUGACUGGAGCAUUAGUGAUAGGAAAAUGGCACAUUGUCAACAUCGGGCUGCAGGUUCCUGUGGCGUACGUGUUCGCCAUGACCAAUCCAUUCUAA